CCGGUGCCUUAUCCGGCGUCACCGUCUCGCCGGCCACAUCUCAUCUCCCGCCAUUUCCGCUCUUCUCUCCUUAACUCCUUUCCUUCGCCGUCAUUGCCAAAAUCGAUCACCAACUGGAGCUCUGCUCCCUUCUCUCUGCCUCCACGUACGCGUGCGCACCACGCUGUGCGGGGACGCGCUUGUUUCGUGGAAGAGAGGCGAUGUCGUUACCGAUCGUAGCGUGCUUACAUGAAUGCUAUGGCUUUUACAGCGAUCGGAGCUCGGUGGAGGAAGAUAAUCGGGGCAAUGAAGAAGCAGCGCAAGGCGAAGAAGGACUCGUCCGAGGAGGCGGACGACUGGUGCUUCCUCUGCAAGGAUGGCGGCGACUUGAUCAUCUGCGACCACAAGGGUUGUCUGAAAGUUUAUCAUGCGGAUUGCGUUGGAAAGGAUGAGACUUCACUGGAGACUGGAAAACGUUGGAUAUGUGACAGACAUACUUGCUUCGUUUGCCGUAAAUCCGCGAAGAUUUAUUGCUUUUGCUGUCCUAAUGCUGUAUGUGGAAAAUGCGCUAGUGCUGCUGAGUUUGCUAAAGUUAGAGGAGAUGGAGGAUUCUGCGAUGAAUGUGUGAAACUCAUACUUCUAAUAGAAGAAAACGUGGACUGUGAUUCAGAUGGGGAGAAGCUGGACUUUGAAGAUCGAGACACCCAGGAGUGCUUGUUUAAGGAAUACUGGGAAAUCAUUAAGGAAAGGGAAGGGUUGAGUUUGGAAAAUGUUUACUCCGCAGAUACUCGUUUAAAGAAGGCUGAAAAUAAGAACCGUGGCCGUGAUGCUCCUAUUGAAAUUUCCGAUGGUGAAGGAUCUGAUGAAUCGGCAUAUGAGAUUGAUGCACAUGAGACUGAUGAGGAUGAUAAUGUGCAAAGGUCAAGAGGUAAACGGACUUAUGAAUCAGCAUCUGAGAGCGAUGGCUGUGAUAAAAUGAAAAGAGCUAGAAGUAAACGCAAGAGGUCCAAUGGUAAGUUUCUAGAGUUUGAGGGAUGGGGUUCAAAACCACUUAUUCACUUCCUCAGUGCCAUUGGUGAAGACACAACCAAAGAACUGUCACGUUUUGAUGUUGAUACUAUCAUCUCCAGAUACAUUCAGGAGAAAAACCUCUUUCAUCAGGGAAAGGGAAGAAAGAAAAAAGUUCACUGCGAUGAAAAACUAUAUGCCAUUUUCAGGAAAAAGACGUUAAACAAGCAUUUAAUAUAUCAUCUCCUGGAGCGUCAUUUUGUGGAAACAAAAGUGCCUUCAGAUGAGGAUGAAGAGGAUGAUGACUCUGGAAAUAUAGCUGGAGUAAGAGGCAGGAAAAAUACGAGAGCUGUCAAGAAGCUAAAAUCAUCAAGCUACGAAAGAAAGUCCAAGGAGAAACGGUUGGUUUCGAAGAUUGAAAAAGUCCCAAAGGUUCCUAAGGUCCCAGAGAUCCAGAAAAGCUGUUUUGCGGCAAUUAAUAAUGAUAACCUCAAACUUGUUUAUUUAAGAAGAAGCUUUGUGGAGGAGCUACUUAAGCAAUCGCAGACUGCCGAAGGCAAGAUAGUCGGAAGUUUUGUUAAAGUGAAAAUGGAUCCAACCUAUUAUCUGAAUAAGAGUUCUCACCAACUCUUGCAAGUUACAGGUUUAAGAGGCUUAAAGCAGGGCUCAACUGUGAAUAACAGUAUGGAGAUUCUCCUGGAACUCUCCAGCUUGUCAAAGCCUGUCAGCAUUAAAAUGUUGUCUGAUAACGACCUAUCUGCGGAAGAAUGUGAGGAUCUACGAGAAAGAAUGGAAAAUGGGACUUCUAAGAAGCCUACUGUGAUGGAACUUCAGCUGAAGGCAGCAAGCCUGCAUGAAGAUAUAACAAAGCUUUCGAUCGAGAAGGAGCUUGUCCUGCUACAGCAUUUGAUCGACCAGGCAAACGAGAAGGGAUGGAGAAGAGAAAAGGAUGAGUACUUGGAGAGGAAAGCACUUCUCAAGACACCCUCUGAGCAGGAACGUCGGCUGAAGCGAGUCCCGAAGGUGAUACCUGAGAACGGGGAGCUCAAUUCAUCGGCCUCACCUCCUUCUUCAGGAGACGACUCAGACAAUGAAGAUGAAAGUGCCGACUCCGACCAGCCAUGCUCGAGGGAACUCCGGAUCCUCCGAGCAAGUCCUCUCUGAAUGCCCGCCUCGGCACCUGACCUGUAAAUAGAUGCUGAAGAUGGAUAGUGACCACGAAGAGAUAAUUGGCUACCCAGAUUGGAAUGACAGGAAGAUACCGACCUAGCGUGCCUUUCAUAGCUAUGAUCAUAUGAUUUUGAUAACUUAAAAGCUCGCUCUUCAUUUUUUUGUACAUUCUGCAAAAAACUCACAGAAUGUUUCCGAGCUGCUGCUCUAUGUACAUGCACUCCAUAGUCAUGCUAACGAUUAGUCCAGGUAUUUUGCAAAUUCCUUUUUGUAGCGAUUUGGUACUCCGGUUUGACCAAUAAUGUUCCCGGUCGUGAUUAAUUACGUGCGAA